AUGUCCUCAUUUUUUCCCACUAGCGACCAACCCCCUCCCCCCGAUUUUUCCCUCCCCAAGCCUCCAGAUCCCAUUUUCCUCUGUCGGUGGCCAACCGACCGCUGGAUCUCGCUUCUUCAAACCCUCGAUCGCCUCUCCGAGCCCCCAUCCACUGGAUCUCGAGCCUCUCAGCUGCCUCCUUUGUCUCUGAGCCCUGACUGCCUCCCCGAGCCCCCGAUCGCCUCCCUGAGCCUCGAUUCCCCAGCUGCCUCCCCGAGCCCCCGGCCUGCCUCCCCUUGGCUGUCUCUCCGAGCCCCCAUCCAUAGGAUCUUGAGCCCCUCGGUCACCUCCUACCUCUUCGAGCCGUCGGCUCGCCUCCCCCCCAUCCUCGGCUCACCUCCCCCAACUGUCUUCAGUCCUUCUCUUUCUCCCACCGUCGGAUCUGACUUCCUCGAGCUAGGCACCACUGACAUAUCCAGUUAG